AAAUGAAGUCUAAAUAAGUGAUCCCUAAAGGAAAACAUGCAUUUGAUUGCAAUGGGUAGACCUUUAUAGUUGAUGAUAAAUAUUAAUUUAUUAAACAGAUUGGACAUGGAGCUUAUGGAGUAGUGUGUUCAGCUUUAAAUAAAAAAAGUCAAUAAUUGGUGGCAAUCAAAAAAAUAUCAGACGCUUUUUCAGAUCUUAUAGAUGCAAAAAGAAUAGUACGUGAAAUUAAAUUAUUAAGUAAUUGAUAUGAUUAUAAUUCAUAAGAAUUCUUUGAUCAUGAGAAUAUUGUCUCACUACUUGAUUUGUAAAGACCUGAACAUCCAUAGAAUUAUAAAGAUAUAUAUAUAAUUACUGAUCUAAUGGAAACAGAUUUGCAUAGAGUUAUAUAUUCGAAACAAGAAUUAACAGACGAACAUAUUCAAUAUUUUUUAUAUUAAGCAUUAAGAGGAUUAUUAUAUAUUCACUCAGCUAAUAUCAUUCAUAGAGAUCUUAAACCAAGCAAUCUACUUUUGAAUAAGAAUUGUGAUUUAAAAAUAUGUGAUUUUGGAUUAGCUCGUGGUUAUGAAGAUGAAGGUGAAUUUAAAACUGAGUAUAAACUAAAAAUUUAUCUAGAUAUGUAGUUACUCGAUGGUAUAGAGCACCUGAAGUUAUCUUAAAUGCAUCUGAAUAUAAUAAAUCAGUUGAUAUCUAUGCUCUAGGUUGCAUUUUGGCAGAAUUAUUAGGUAGAUAACCAUUAUUCCCUGGUGAAGAUUAUCUUGAUUAAGUUUAAAGAAUAAUAUAGGUCUUAGGAACGCCUACAAAUGAUGAUGUUAGAUUUAUUGGUAAUAAAAAUGCACUCACUUACUUGAAAAGUCUCCCAAAAAAACCUAAAUAAUAAUGGAAGAACUUGUAUCCUCAUGCUCAACCUUUGGCCCUAGAUUUAUUAGAUAAAAUGGUUACUUUCAAUCCAGACAAACGUUUAACAGUUUAAGAGUGUUUGGCACAUCCUUAUUUUGAAGGGCUCCAUAAUCCAGAAGAAGAACCAAUCUGUGAUUGCACUUUCGAUUGGGGAUGGGACAGUUUCAAACCUACUGAAGCUAUACUCAAAUAAAUGGUAUAUGAGGAAUCAUUGUCAUUUCAUCCACUUAAGUGAUUUAUUUUAAUUAAUAUA